AUAUUUUGUGAAAUAGUUGACACAGUUUAUUUGGGAAAAACUCUUUCUUUUAAUUCUAUUGAUAUUAUCGAUAAAAAAGGAAGAGAAAAUUAUAGAAUUAGACUAAAAAAUUUAAAGAAUCCUAAACACACAAGUCGUAUAUUAAAUUAUGAUGAUAUAUAUUUUAGUAGGGAUGCUUGUCAUUAUGCAAAAGAAGGAGAUUUUCAUGAAACUGUUUGCAGAUAUUCCAUAUGUACAAAGGAUCAAAAUGAUCACACAUCAUGUGUGGAUGCUAAAUUUAAUGGAAAAUUGUUUCAUUUAAAGAAACACUCUAUACAUCAUGAAGGAAAGGAAAAAUGUAUAUAUCUCCCAAAUAUUUGCCUAAAUAAGGGUUUUAAAAUAGAUUGCACUCCUUAUUUAUGCGAAUAUGAGAGGCCAUUUGAAUUAACUCCAUGUAAAAAGUUAGGUAUUAGUAUUGUGAAUAAUGUAAUACCACAUUCAGAAAGUUCGGAAGUGAAACACACAAGAACUAAAAAUUUAGUUCAUGAAAACAAUUUAAACAUGUCUUCUCUUGUUGCAAUGUCUUUUAUUCCUUUCUUAAUUUUAUUCUUUUUCAUAGGAUGCUAUAUGUAUAAAAUCAUUAAGGAGAAUAGAUCUAGAAAAAUAAAGAUGAGGUCUAAAGAACCAUAA